UAAUCUGUGGACACAGAAGGCAUGUAAGUCCGAGCGAAUUGCGACUUUGACAUUUUACAAAUAAAUAAAAAAAAAAUAUGUUUUACUUGUGGAGUUCAAUUAGGUAUUUAAAAAUGCUUUAGAAACGAACAUCAAUUUACGUGAAUGUAUUCUCUAACCCUAUUAUCCUCGCCAGCUUGGAUUUAGUGUCAUGGUGUUAAAUAGACCGUAUAAAUGAUGCUAGGCCGAUUCUCCGAAGUUCUGCAGAGUGCCGCGGACGUUCUGGCGCCACCACCUUCUCGACUGGAGGAUUUCGAGUACCACUGGAAGAUGGUGGUGAACUUCUACCGGACCUACGACGAGAGCGGCAAGUUAAAAAUGGAGGACACCCGUCUGCCGCACCACCUGCAUCAAAUGUUGCAGCUGCUGGCGGAGGAGCAGGGCGGCGCGGCGGGCGCGUGCCUGCAGGCCGUGCUGCGGCGCCGCGUGGCGCUGCCGGACGCGCUGGCGGCGCUGGCGCGCGCGGACCGGCCGCCCGGCGCGCGCGCCGCCGCGCUGCGCCUGGCCGCCGCGCUGCUGCGCCGCCUGCCCAGCCUGCGCCGCGAGAGCGUGUACCGCCCGCUGCAGCGCAUGCUGGUGCAGUGCAGCGAGAGCGCGGCGUCGCCCACGGAGCGCGAGGAGGUGGAGCUGCUGCUCACGCUGUGCGGGCUGGUGCGCCAGGAGCCCGGCCUGGCCGACGUGUUCACCUCGCCGCACGUGGAGGCGAGCCUGCUCAGCGUGCCGGAAGACAUCCGGCAGCUCUUCCCCUUCAGAAGUAAAACGGAGACGCCGAAGAAGAACCCCUUGUUCGAGGUGGACCUGUCGGCGGCCGCGCCGCGCGUGCGCGUGGCCAUCGUGCCCGCGCCGGAGCCGGGCGGCGGCUCGGACGACGGCGCGUCCGCCGGCCGGCGCGCGCUGCCCGACGACUCCGACAAGUUCCUGCUCAUCGACCUGCUGCUGGCCUACCUGCACAGCGCGGACAACCAGGUGGUGCUGCGCGCGUGCGAGGGCAUCAUGAUCGUGUCGUCGCUGCCCGAGGACGACAUCGCCAACCUGGUGACCGCCAGCCCGGCGUGCGAGCGCGUGGUGGAGCAGCUGCUGUGCAAGUUCCGCGCCGUCCCGCACGACCUGGACCCCGCCGACGUGGACCGGCUCAACAUCACCUGGGCUUACGUCUCUCCGGAGUUCUGCGAGCAGACCGUGGGUCGGUGUCCCGGCGGGAGGCAGCUGACGGCUUUCUUCUCCUGGCUGGACUACUGCGAUACUCUUAUGAAGGAGUGCCACCGCAGCAUCGCGGCGCACCUGGCGCGCGUGUUCCGCUCGCACUUCCUGGAGCGCGCGGCCGAGGCGCUGGGCGGCUCCGCGCGCCGCGCGCUGCUGGCCACGGCGCUGCUGGCCAAGAGCCUGCGCGUCGUGGACUCCGCCGACCUCAUCAACGAGUUCUCCAACUGGCUGGUGGGCGAGGGCCAGCUGCCGGAGUGGCCGCUGCUGCUGGCGCUCGUGGACAACUGCCUCUCCGACGACCACGACCUCACGCUCGAGACGCUGCGCUUCUUCGAGGUUAUCAUCGAGAAGGGCACCGAGCACAGCAUGGACCGGCUCGUGCUGUCGCGCGUGUGCGGCCCCCCCGAGCCCGAGCCGCUGCAGGACGAGCGCGACCGCCUCAACGACCUCUCCUUCUCGCGGGAGAGGGAGCUCAACAGGGACGCGCUGCCGCGGCGCGUGGGCGAGCUGCUGCGCGCGCCGGGCGCCGCGCCGCCGCCGCCCGCGCUGCAGCGGGACAUCGCCAGAAACAAGGUUUCAAUGUUUGAAGCAGUGCAGUGGUGUCUGUGUGCGUGCACUGCAGCCGGUACACGUGGUGUCUGUGUGCGUGCACUGCAGCCGGUACACGUGGUGUCUGUGUGCGUGCACUGCAGCCGGUACACGUGGUGUCUGUGUGCGUGCACUGCAGCCGGUACACGUGGUGUCUGUGUGCGUGCACUGCAGCCGGUACACGUGGUGUUUGCUUGGCGCAGUUUCCUGCUGCUGCUGCCGCGCGAGCUGCUGUCGGACCCGCUGGGCGCCGACUACGAGCAGUACGUGCACGACGCAGAGCGGCACUACCAGCUGUGGCUGGACGUCACGGCGCCGCACGGCUGGCGGCGCGCGGGCGCGGGCGCGGCGCCGCCGGACGGGCCGCUGCUGCGCGCGCUGCUGCGGCUGCUGGGCGGCAUGGCGGAGCGGCCCUACCGCGUCAACCUGCACGCCACCGCGCUGGCCGCGCGCCUGGCGCUGCUGCCGCACGCCGGCCUGGCCGCGCGCCUGCUGCCGCCCGGCCGCGCGCUGCUGCUGCCGCUGCGCCGCGUGGCCGCCCAGCUGCGCGCCGCGCUGCCGCCCGGCCGCCACACCCGCCGCCGCCUGGCGCGCGCGCGCUCGCGGCUGCUCGGCGACGAGCCCUCCGACGACCGCGGUGAAAAUAACCAGCUGUUGGAAACGCUGAUCGUGCUGGAGGAGUUCUGCAAGGAGCUCGCAGCCAUCAUCUUCGUCAAGCACCAGCACCAGCAGCAGCAGCAGCAGCAGCAGCUGGGCAGCGAGGCCCGAUAGCGGCCGGUGCUGCUGAGCGGCCACCUACGAUAUGUACUCUCGCCUCAGUUCACUCGAACGUGGAUGUUGCUAUGUGGCACACAUAAAGGGAAUGUACUCGUGCAAUGUAACAGAGGCCUUGUACAAAUUGUACUAACACAAAUCGAAAAACUUCUAAGGGCCUUUUUCUUGUCAAGCAGUUCAAUGGCCGCGUGCGUGUGACGGCGCACAUGCGGACCAGAUGCGGGUAGAAGUGACAGGAAAAGGGCCCUAAGUGAUCCCACGCUACCGGCGGGUCGCAAGCAACGUAUUUUUCAGCGUCAGGCAUUCGGAUAUAUCCGUUGCGUCUCCGCCGCGCAAACGCAACUUUUGUGAGACGGGUGUCGUGUGGAUGCGAUUGUGCUUAUCUAUUCACGACAGCCUUAAACACUUUCGAGAUGUGCGAACGUGUACUAAGGAUACAUGUUACAUGAUUACCAACACAUUGUGAUCGUUAUGAUUGUUAUUCAUGAUGCCAGUCGCCGGGAGGUGUUUUGAAUUAUUUAUUUAAUUUAGUUGUCACUAAACUAGUCCGAUUGUAAUAUUGUUAAAGCGCUUGUUUUCAGUCGAAUAUCAUGUAUAAAAUAGUUAUCACUGUUCUACCAUUUAUAAGUUACAUCGACAUUAUUGUUUAGCGCAUAAUAUCUAACGCGAAAAACGGCUGUAAAACCAACAAACAUAGGCGUAGUUGCUUUGCAUCUAGAUUUUAAAUACAACAGGAGACAUGAGGUAUCUCGCCCGUUACGUUUAGCGAAUGAAAAUUUUUCGCGUGUAAUUGUGCUUGGCUUAAAUAUUUUAACGUGUAGCACAAUCUCCGCAGGUUCACGCAGUAGUAACUUAUGAGUGGUGGUGCGUCUUCGACGUCUUGUUACGAAGUCGUUCGAGUAUUGUUCUUGUUUUUAUAUUCUACGAUAGCAUUAGUAUUUAAUAAAUUAGAAUAUAUUUUUAUUAUGAAGAAUAAGCUUCCGAUGGCAUUUGUAUAAACUUAUUAUUUUUUAAUAAAUAUUUUAUUUUAAAGCGGGCGUCACAUUAACGGACCUCUAGUCUUUGAAGCUAUAUUUGUGAAAUAUUCCUUUUGAAAUGUAUUUAUUUCGUUCAUCAAAAGAACGAAGUUACGACUUGAGCACACUAUAACUUGUGAUUACUUUUAGUUGUAGCAUUCAAGCGUAUCCGACGCUGGACGUGGUGUUCCAACUACAUAAUCGGGUCUGUCCACCCGCUUGCUUCGUGUGUGACCUCCGGGGUGUUGGCGCGGCGCGGGCGGAGCGUAGCUUAUUAUUCUCGCCCAACGUAAAUUCAUACAUAAGGAGUGGAAACAAAAUACCUAUCCCAACGUCUUAAGUCGAUUUUUAAAAAUGGAGGUAGGUAUAUUGUUAGCACUAGUUAUGUAAGAGUUGUCAUUACGAAAUUGCCCCCGAAAUGAUUUUGGUGAUGUAUGUAGACACCUCUUGCGUGUUGCGUGUUGCGAUCAGAAGUUUAUGAACAGGCGGGCUCGCGCGAGGUGUCCGACCCGACCGUGUCGGCCGACGCAGGCGCUAGCCGCCACUGCCACAGUACAACUGUGAAGCAUUUGUUAAAUACAAUCGUUAAUAAAAAUAUGGUAUUUUCAUUUUGGUGAUUGAACGAGGUUUUUAAUCGCAUUUCCAGACGCAUAGUGGCCGGCGGCAGUCUGAGAGUCCGCUGAGCGCAUCAGAAAUAAUAACCAGGGAAUACGGAGUGGGGUCCGCUGUACCUAUGUCGGUCCUCCGACAUACACGUAUUCAAAAUUGCACCACUAUGGCAAAUGUAUGAAUGAAUAUACCUGUUGUUAUCUCUGUCGCGGUGCCAGCGAAAUAAUGUUAAGUCGAUUCAUUACAAAAAUUCUAAUGCGCGUCCAGAGUUGCGAUAACACGUUCAACAGUCGUUCGCGGUUAUUAUAAAGAACACGGCAUCGUUAAAGCCCGCCAACUCACAUUACAGCAAAGUGGUGGAUAUGUGCUCCUACUGCAGACCCACUGAAUGAUGAUAUAUGCAUUUAUCAUCAUUAAAAAAAGAGAACUUAAGUCCCGGCGUAUAUCAACCGCCCGCUGCCGCCACACAUUAUUGGACAAAAGAAAUUAAACAACUGUAAAAAUGUAAUGGCGAUUAUAUUUUUCUUGAAAUAAUAAUGUAUUUAUAGUAGAUUAAACAUAAAUUAACUUUAAAACAAUUUAGUUAAAACUAUUUACAAACGUAGACCUUUCUUACCAACUGCUAGAUCGAAUUUCUCAGAUAAUUCGGCAUUUGCUGGGCCCUAUGUCCGAUUUACAGAUGCUUCUCACAUUUAGAAACCAUCCAUCUAAAAUAACUAUUCAUUAUACAUUGUUCCCUGUAAAAAACUAACUUUUUUUUGAGAUUUGUCUUAAUACCGACCAAACUUAGAAUAAAGUAUAGAUUCUACUGAAAGUAAAGGCUUGCUCGCUUCCCUUUUUGCAAGUUCUCUCUUCCUUUAAAUAUUUUAAUGAGGCGCUCUUCAGCCAGCCAUACAACUCAAAGAAUUAAUAAUAUUACGUGUUUACAUUUCCAUACGUGUAGAUGAAAACAAAAAUGAUUCAAUUUCAUCAUGUAGUUCUUCCGU